GAGCCCUGCAGAGCAGUUCCUUGCAGCCCUGGUUCUCUGCAGAGCAUCACUCCACGUUGGCAGCCAAGGUCUGUUUCUCACCUGCAUUCUGACACAGCCAUGCUGGGCACAGCAGUGCGGGUCUCAGUCCUGCUUGGCCUCCUUGGCAUUGGGAAAGGCCAAAUGUUUCACAUGGGACCAUGCCCAGAUCCAUCUGUUCAAGAAGACUUUGACAUCAACAAGUAUCUGGGGAAAUGGUACGAGAUAGAGAAGCUGCCCUCAGGCUUUGAGAAAGGAAGAUGCGUCCAGGCACAUUACUCGCUCAAGGAUAACGGCAAGUUCAAGGUGAUCAACAAGGAGAUGCUCUCCAAUGGCAAAAUCAAUGAAGUUGAAGGGGAAAUCAUGCACAUGGAUGUCAAGCAGCCAGCCAAGCUGGGUGUGCGCUUUAACUGGUUCAUGCCUUCUGCCCCUUACUGGGUCAUCUCCACUGACUAUGAAAACUACUCACUGGUCUACUCCUGCACCAACAUCCUCUGGCUCUUCCACAUGGAUUAUGCCUGGAUUCUAUCAAGAGCUCCUGAGAUGCACCCUGACACUGUGGAGCAACUGAAGGGCGUUCUCCAGUCCUACAAGAUUGACAUUGAUAAAAUGACACCCACGGAGCAUGCUAACUGCCCUCCUGAGAUGUAACCCCCAGAACACAGUGACACAGCACAAGACCAGUGAUAAACUUUGUGGCUUGCUUUAUUAUCCAUUAGAAUGUCUCUAUGUAACAGAGGAAUGUAAUAAUCCCUUUGCUAGUGGUAGUUUGCCAGCCCUGAGUUACUCCUUGCUGUUCCCCCUAUCGCUUUCCCCGCUUCUUCAUCUCACUCUGACUUUUGCAGAGUAAUUGACUGAUUUAAAGUCAUGGGUGAAGAAAAGAAACCCUGAAGUGCAGACAUGAAGCUCUGCUAUUGCUGUUAGUCCUCCAGUACGUGGAUGGGAAAGGGGUUGAGAUGUGAUGUUCAAGCAUUAGUCCUGCAGGGAAACAUUCUGUCGUGUGCCCCCAGGUUUCUUUCAUGUUUUGUCUUGAGGCUUCUGGGCCUGGCAGAAGUCUGUGGUGGUCAAGACUCCCCACAGGCACUGCCUU